AUGGAGGUGGUGGGGGGCUCCAAUGGGUUUGUCGGGCGUAAUGUCGUUUUCCGACCGAUUCACUUCGAGCGGUACCGGAAGCCUGCUGUCGUCAGCUACCCGCGGCAUGCGGUUGUGUUAAAUCCCCACCACACCCGCGAGGCCGCGCGGGAAGUGAGGGCGCACGACCACGCCGACGAGGCCUCGUCUGGCGAAAGUGAAGCUUCAGGCAACGGCGACGCUGACGCUGACGACGAUGACCCGCUCCGUCUCGAGGAGGAACUGAUGCUCUGCCGCAAUGCGCAGCUGCGUCACUUGCUGCACCUGCGCUGGCGCGAGGUUGGGCCUAGCGGCUGCGGGCUGCUUAACAUGGGCAACACGUGCUUUGUCAACAGUGUCUUGCAAGCCGUGGCGUACACACCGGCGCUUGCGCAGUAUUUCGCUGGUAAUUUUAAGACACCAUGUUCACAUGCGGUGGGUGCCUCCUACGACUACGCGUACGCCUUGGGGGAGACUGUACGGAAGAUUCACACCCCAUCCAACCGGCCGUAUCGCGCAGGCCUCAUUGUCUCUCACCUUAAAAGCCUCUCUCCCCACUUUAGGCCUGGCCGACAGGGCGAUGCCCACGAGUUUGCGGUGCACCUCUUGCACGCUUGCCACCGAUCUAUUCUAUUUCGCCAGGUUGGCUCACGAAAGGUUAGCCCGCACAUUGAGCAGACGAACGCAUUGCAGCGCAUCAUUGGUGGGUAUCUUCGCUCCGUGGUGGCGUGGAGCCGGCAGGAAGAAAUUCAUCGUCUUGCAAAGGCAGGCAAAGUGCAGGAAGCGGCAGAUUUAAAGCUAAGUGGCCGUGGCCACAGCAGCGAUGCGUUGGUCUCUAAUACCUACGAUCCCUUUAUCACCCUCAGCGUGGAGGUGGUGGGGCAAACACUGCAUCACUGCCUGGCAAAACUCUGCCAGGAGGAACGGUUGGACGGGCAUUCCUACAUCAGCCCGCGCGGAGUGGGCGUGAGGGCAACGAAACGUUUCCAGCUUCACAAGCUUCCACCUGUCCUCAUUAUUCACAUGAAACGUUUUAACUGCAUGGGUGCGAAAAUAAGUAGGCACGUCCAGUACCCAAAGCAACUCAAUUUGGUCCCUUUUUGUACCGCGGAAGGGAUUGCAAAGGCAGCGGCUCGUCGUGCUGCGGGUGAAGAUGCACAGGAGCAUUCAUGCCUGUAUGAACUCAAUGCCAUUUGCAUCCAUGAGGGCAACUCACUCGCCUAUGGCCACUAUUGCUCUGUUGUGCGCUCCCGUAAUGGAAUGUGGCUUUUAUGCGACGACGAAAGCGUCUCUUACUGCGAUGAGGAGCGUGCGCUUCGGCAACAGGCCUAUAUGCUAUUUUACUCUCGUAUCGAGCCACCCUCGUCGGGUGCAGUGAGAACGCGGAAGGAGGACACCCGUGCGUCGCAGCUGUUGAGCAGGCGCCACACGACGACAACGACGGAGGCGGCAUGGACACUCACGACGUCGAUGCUGUCGGAGUCCGUGCGGGAAGGCGCCGAAAAGGAGGAUGUGGGCCGCCCGUUGAGUGAGGCGGAGGUCGCGCGGGUGAUGCAGGAGAAGGCGGCCGCCACGCGGCAGCAGCUACUAGAGGCAGCAAGAAAGGAGCAGCCUCCACACCACGGGCACUCCAAUGGGCGGCGUGAGACCUCCCCUGCCGCUUCCUCGGCCUCCCCCGAUGAGAAUGACGAGGCGCGGCAGCUGCGGAGGGGCGUCGACGCCGCUAAGGGCAUCGUUGCGUCCCUUCCUGCCACGGCCAAACAGGAGUUGCCUGCUUCGCAGAAUGGGCAUUGCAGCUCACGCUACGGCGGCAUCAUAAAGGCCAUUCGACGCACCGCCCCGCCUGCGCUGGUUGCAGCAGCCGCGACAAGAGCCGAAACGCCGGCGGCGGGUGACACCGCGGAGACGCAGCAGGAGGCGGAUGCAGUCGUCGGGCCCAAGGCGGCGGCGGUGGUGCAGGGGAUGAAGCAGCAGUCCGUGCCUGGCACGGUUGCCCGGCCCCGACACGCGCCAAAGUUCCGCCAGCAGGUGCGGGAUCCGAUGUGGGAGAGUGAAAUGGACCGUGGACGGCUGAAGCGGGUGCGGGCAAGGCGUGAGGAGUACGUCGGCGAAAAUAAGUUCCAGAAGGCAGAGAUUGCGUUUGACAGCCGCGGUCGCCGCCACCGCGGUGCGUGA